AUGGCCUGUCCGUUUCUUCAGAGCACCGUCGCGGUGGCUCCACGGCCGAUCUCGGUCGAUCAGGAAUUUGCCAAUAUUCGAGAGCAGUACCCUUCUCUCUCAUCGACUGGAUGCACCACCAAGUUUUGCCAGUCAGGGCGGAUGACGCACCUGGACGAGGAUCGAGUUGGCCGAAAUCAGUCUUAUGCCCAAGUCCGCGAGGAUGCGCUCGACUUCCUGCAGCAGAUGUACAAGGAUGGGCUCUUGACGAUGGAUCAACUCCACCACCGCGCACACGAAGUCCUUCAAGAAAUCCAAAAGAACUCACAGGAGGGCAGGUUCGCAGUAGCGUCUGACUGCGGAGCAGAGGCACCACAUGCGACAAUGGAUGGUCUUGUGGGCGGUCUUUGGACGCAAACAUUCGAAGAGCUAGAGUUUGGUAUCCGAACGGCUUGGAAACAUGCGAGAAAGUGCAUUAUGAGAUCAGAGUAUAGAAACCUGAGACUUUGCGACUUGAGGCAUGUCCGCACAAGCAAGAAGAUGGCCGAGACCUUGAUUGAAAACCUCAGAGUGGCCUACAACUUUGGCGAGAUCAACCCCACAGUAUUCGUCUUCCCGCCCAGAGAUGUCAACAGCCGCGGUCCCAUGAUCUGGAACUCACAGCUGUUGUCAUUCGCAGGUUAUCAACAACCUAACGGCGAAAUCAUGGGAGACCCCGCGAACGUCGAGCUGACGAAUGCCAUCAUUGAGCUCGGCUGGACGCCGCCCCAGCUCCGCUCGCAAUGGGACCUGCUCCCCCUCGUCACAAUGGCGGAGGGAGAGGAUCCCGUCAUCACUGAACUGCCCAAAGACGCAUUUCCUUUGGUCCACAUUCGCCAUCCCAAGCAUCCCGAGCUCGAGACCCUUGGCCUGCGUUGGGUUCCCGCACCAGCACUUAGCCGCCUUGGCUUCAGUAUUGGUGGCGUGCAAUAUACUGCAACGCCCUUCAUCGGGUGGUUUAUGGAUGCCGAGAUUGGUGUUCGUAACCUCGCAGAUCAAUUCCGUUACAACGCGCUUCCACAGAUCGCAAAGGCCAUCGGCCUUGUCGACAGGGACGUCGAAGACCUACCAGACUAUGAACGUCUGGCUGUCUUGUCUCGUGCACAGCUCGAGCUCAACUACGCCUCGUAUUGGUCCUUCGCUCAGGCUGGCGUCAGAAUGUCAGACUCCCUAGGCGCAGCAGAACAAUUCACGCAGUUCGAUGACGAGCAUCUAAUGAACAAUGGCUUCCGCCUGCCUUCAGACCCGUACUGGAUCGCACCUCCACAAGGCUCAAUCAUCCCGAUCUGGCACCGCGGCGGCUCCCCAAAUUACCAGCCCAAGCCUCUCAUCUGCCGUCACGCACAGGAUCCGAUAAAGGCCUGGCGUCGAGAGCGCGAGGCCGGCAGCGCGCGAGCACUCACACCGCGAGACUCGAGGCUCAACAUUUCCAUACCCGUGCCGUCCAUCUCGCUCACAAGACCCAUCACCCCGAUAUCCCCCUCCGGCGCCGUCUUCCUACCAAUUCCGCCGCCGGCCAGACCCCUCACGCCCUUGUCGCCAUUGUCACCAAAGGGGCACGGGCGGAGGAUCUACCUUGGGUUCUGCAGCUCGGGCAAUGUCGCGAUCAAGCUAUGUAAGAGGCUGUGCACGCAGCUGCAGCACGCCUGCGAUGCCAACCCCAAGCUUGGCACCGUCGUGGCCCCGUGCACCCUCAACGCCCUGCCCGUGUCCCUGAUCGACGUCGACGACGUGCUCAUCAUAGUCGCCAGCACCACGGGCCGAGGUGAGAUUCCUCAGAACGGCAAGGCGUUUGCCGACGCUGUGUCGAGGAACCCGAGGGGCCUCUCGUGCCGGUACGCAAUCUUCGCGAAUGGCUCGCUCGAGUACCCCGACACUUACAACCAGGCUGCCAUGGACAUUGAAGAGUUGCUGAGUAAAGGGGAUGCCCAGAGGCUCAUCGGUAUGCGUGAAGCCGACACCGCGGCCGAGAACCCGCCGUGGUCUGUUCUCGGCCAGUUCUCCCAGCAGUGUCUUGCGGCGCUGCAAAAGACCAACUCCGAGAUCAAGGAAACGGGUAGCGAGAAGCGGCCUGCUCGGCCCGUUAGACCCUUCGAUACCAGGCCGUGGUUCCAGGCGAAAGUUGUCGGCCAACCAGUGGUUGGAACCGCCUCGGGCGGUAUGAAGAGGGUCACCCUGGACUUGGGAGACCGCGAAUAUCCCACCAUGGGCAGUGUAUGGAUUCUGCCGCCGAAUUCCAACAACAAGGUUUCUCGUGUACUUGAGGCUCUUGGUUUACGAUCCGACGAGCCCCUGGACCUCCCUGGCGAGCCUACUGUCGGCGAGUUUCUACAGCGUUUCGCCGACUUGGAGCAACCGUUCAAAACCGCAGCAUGGGCGGAGGGCCUUUCGUUCUCGCGCCCCGAGAGUUUGACAAAGGUCCCCAUCGAGGAUGCGGUCCACCUGGUUCCUUCGAAUUGGAGACGGUCGGUGACGCUGGACGUGCUCUGCAGCGCGAUGCCGACCAUUCAGCCGAGAGAGUAUUCCAUCGCCUCUGACGGAUUACGAACCAAGCGAGCAGACGGGAACACGCUGGACUUGCUCGUGCAACAUCACACCAACGGGCGGUUCUCCGAUAGAUACCUCAACUGUUUUGAGACCUUUGGAGCUGUGACCUGCAAGAUUCGCCCGUCGGCACACCUGGAAGCCAUCGCGGAAAACCAGGAUAAGCCGAUGAUCAUAUUCACGACAGGGUCAGGCAUGGCUCCUGUGCGGGGACUCCUACAGAACCGCAUCGAGCAGCUGCACUCCUUGGGCAAGCCCGUCCAGAACACCUCGAUUAGCCUGUUUGCCGGUUUCAAGGCUUCGGACGAGGAACUCGUCCGCGAGGCGGUGCGAGAAGCAGACGACGAGGGAAUGUUUGACAUUUUGAGGCUGACGGGGAGUAACAAGGAAAAGAGGCGGGCGCAAGACGCGAUGCUCGACCCGGGCGUGAGGGAGCAGCUGAAGAAGAACGUCGAGGACGGGGCGCUGGUGUUUGCGUGCGCGAGGCCAAAGGCCGUUGACGAUUUCUUGGAUAACCUCAGCGACGUCUUGGGACGGGAUGCAAGAGAGGCGUUGGGCGACCGCUUCGUUGCUGAUGUUUAUCAGCCUGCUACUUGA